AUGUCGUCCCGGAUAGCAACACCCUACAGCAAAGUCUUCCCGCUCUUGGCUAGGCGUUCCACUGUCUCACGCUUUCCGAACGAUCGCCGCACAUCCUUCCUCCCACGAUCGCGACCCACGAACACUUGCAAACGGCGAACCUACGCGUCCAACCCAUCCCCGGCCCCGCUCCGGAAAGAAGUCGAAUGGCCGGCGACAUCCCCUUUCAAAUCGAUCGCAGAAGACCUAAUAGACUUCUCAUGGCGCGCCUGGCUCAAACUCUUCAUCGUAGCGAGUUCGGGCAUCACGCUGGGAUCCCUUGCUGCAAUACAUGGUUCUGCGUGGUUAGCGCAACUAGGCAUAUUUGUGUAUGAGCCGGACGAUGACGACGACGACGACGACGCGGACGACAACGGAAAGGAGGAUGGACCGGAGGGGAAGAAAAGCGAAGAGGAAGUGAAGAAGGAACGUCAAGCGCAACAUACGGCGGAGUUGGCAUCUCUAUUUGGUGAUUAUCGGUUGAACGUCGCGUUCAAUUGGACAAAUGCAGAUGUGACGUACAUAACACUGGCCAAAGAGAAGCUAGCCUCGGCAUUAGCGGAACUCGAUCAAGUUAUGGACCAGAAAAAUCUGGACGAUCUGGACAACAGGGAGACGGAACUCGUUCGCAAGUUUUUGAAGGACGCCGUACAGAUAUUGCAGCUGAGGGAGCAAGCAGCCAGAGACAAGCAGGAUGGCGUGGAGCAAGGAGGGCGGCCGAGAAGCCCGUGGUGGAAGAGGAUUGUGGGGCAUUGA